AAAUCAAAUUAUGAGCACACUUUGAACUCUGCAGUCGCAUAGCUCCACUAACAAUGGAGGCUUUAACACACCUAAGCUUCGGCAUUUGCACUCCCCGCCUUUCACCACCAUUUCAACUUCCCGCCGCCGGUAAGAAGCCACUGCGACUCAAUGCUGUUACCGGCGGAGCUAGUAGCGUUACCGGUGGAGCAAGUAGUGUCCCGACUAACUUCUCCGCCAGCAAAUGGGCUGAUCGUCUUCUCGCCGACUUCCAAUUCCUUCCUUCCACCACCACCUCCACCUCCGACUCACCGGAUUUCCUAAAUUCAACUUCCUCUACCGCCACCGCAACUACUCUUCCUCCGCUCUCUCCUCCUCCAGACCGCCACAUUUCUAUGCCGAUAGACUUUUACAGAGUGCUUGGUGCUGAAUCUCAUUUCCUCGGUGACGGUAUCAGAAGAGCUUACGAUGCUAGAAUUACAAAGCCGCCGCAGUACGGCUACACUCAGGAAGCAUUAAUUGGCCGACGACAGAUUCUUCAAGCUGCUUGUGAAACCCUAGCUGACUCUACUUCUCGUAGAGAGUACAAUCAAGGCCUUGCCCAGCAUGAGUUUGAUACUAUUGUUACUCCUGUCCCCUGGGAUAAAGUUCCUGGAGCAUUAUGUGUUUUGCAAGAAGCUGGUGAGACUGAAGUAGUUCUUCAGAUUGGGGAGAGCUUGCUGAAAGAGAGGUUGCCUAAGUCGUUCAAGCAAGAUGUGGUCUUAGCUAUGUCACUCGCAUAUGUUGACCUUUCGCGGGAUGCCAUGUCCCUUUCACCUCCUGAUUUUGUUAAAGGUUGUGAACUGCUUGAGAGAGCGCUUAAGCUAUUGCAGGAAGAAGGUGCAAGUAAUCUUGCCCCUGAUCUGCAAGCCCAGAUAGAUGAGACAUUGGAAGAGAUAAAUCCGCGCUACGCACUUGAACUUCUAGCUUUUCCUCUUGGUGAUGAACACCGAAUGAAAAGAGCAGAGGGUCUUCAAGGUGUGCGCAAUAUUUUGUGGGCUGUUGGAGGAGGUGGAGCAGCUGCAAUCUCUGGGGGGUUCACGCGAGAAGAUUUCAUGAACGAGGCCUUCCUACGAAUGACAGCUGCUGAGCAGGUGGACCUUUUCGUAGCAACGCCAAGUAACAUUCCUGUAGAAAGCUUUGAAGUUUAUGGAGUGGCGCUUGCUCUUGUUGCUCAAGCUUUUGUUGGGAAAAAACCUCAUCUCAUCCAAGAUGCUGAUAACCUUUUUCAGCAACUUCAGCAGACAAAAGUAACAGCUUACGGCAGCUCUGUGUCUGUCUACACUGUUAGAGAAAACCGUGAAAUAGACUUUGCUUUGGAGAGGGGCCUUUGUUCACUUCUUGUUGGAGAAGUCGAUGAAUGUCGCUCAUGGUUGGGCCUAGACAGUGAGGAUUCACCCUAUAGAGAUCCAUCUAUUGUGACUUUUGUUGCAGAACACUCAAAGGAUGACAACGAAAAUGGUCUGCUCCCUGGAUUAUGUAAGCUUCUGGAGACCUGGUUGAUGGAAGUGGUCUUUCCCAGAUUUAGAGAGACACAAGAUAUCAUUUUCAAGCUUGGAGACUAUUAUGAUGACCCUACUGUUUUAAGAUAUUUAGAAAGGCUGGAAGGCGGUGGUGCGUCACCUUUAGCUGCUGCAGCAGCUAUUGCAAGGAUUGGAGCUGAAGCUACAGCUGUGCUAGAUAGUGUUAAGGCUAGUGCUAUUCAGGCAUUACAGAAAGUUUUUCCUGCUGGUGAUGGGGAAGGCAGUGUAAGACGAUAUGGCGACAAUGAGAUGAACGAAUUUGAUAUCGCUAAGCCAUUUGAGGAUCCUGUAGAGCUUCGUGAUCAAAAUAAUUUUAUCACGUCAGUUGAGGAUCCUGAGAGAGUUCCUUCUGGUUAUCAGGAGCAAGAUAUGAUAACCGACAAAAUAAAAGAUGCAACCGUGAAGAUUAUGUGUGCUGGAGUGGCAGUUGGAUUCUUGACUUUGGUUGGAUUGAAGCUUUCUUCCUUUAAACAUGGGUCUUCAGUUCUUCGUAAUGGUACUGGUUCAGCUAUUGCCUCGGAUGUCAUCAAUGUGGGUGCCACACUAGUUGAAAAUCCUCUUGAGGUUCCUAGAAUGGAUGCAAGGCUUGCAGAAAGUAUGGUUAGGAUGUGGCAGAAUAUCAAAUCCCAGUCUCUUGGACCUGAUCAUUGUCUCAACAAAUUGUCAGAGGUUUUGGAUGGUCAGAUGCUGAAGAUUUGGACAGAUCGUGCAACAGAAAUUGCCCAGCAUGGCUGGUUUUGGGACUAUGAGCUUUUAAACCUUACCAUUGACAGCGUGACUGUCUCAGUUGAUGGCCGGCGUGCUAUUGUGGAAGCUACCCUUGAAGAAUCGGCAAGCUUAACUGAUAUGGCCCACCCGGAGCACAAUGACUCAUACAGUACUACCUAUACAACUAGGUAUGAGAUGUCCUGGGCAAAUUCUGGUUGGAAAAUUGUGGAAGGAGCCGUUCUUAAAUCACGAUAACGGAUGUAUAUUUAGACAAAAUUACGUGUAAAGUGCAUUAUUUUUGUUUAUUUUGCUUUACUCUCAAAAGUCCGGUAAAUGGUUAGUGUUGGCCAAUUAUAAUGUAUCUUGUUUGGAUCAUAGAAUUGCUGAGUGUAGUCAGGAAAAUGACCAGGAUUUAUGUGAGAUAAAUGUUAUACUUCCCAAGGGCUGACCUCUUUUUUAAGAAGCAGAGGCGUACGUCUUUUAUUCA